ACCGUCGGGCCCGUCCCGCCUGGCCGCAGGUGCCCUGGAUGAGGCCGCCCCACGCGCCCCGACCGUUUUAAUUGCGUCUGUACAAGGCCCUGCAAAAUUGAACCACAAUUUGUAAUUGAAAGAUAUUUGAAGUGUUGAACCUGAAAGAUACUGAUUACAGUGUUACUGAGCGAUUAUCACCAUCUUGGUCAUCGAGCUCUCUCACAACUACUUUACCUCCUGUUGCAACAUGCAGCUUCUUCACAUCUGUCAAAUAUAAGACUAAGGAAUGACUUGAGAGAGACCAUAAUGACAUUACAGAUGACACUACAAAUACAAUGUGGCAAGAAUAUGUUUGCACAAUUCCUCCGAUGGAUGGCAUCUGCUGUAUAUAAGCUGCUGUAAACACACUCGCAUACUUACACACAUUUUGUAUUUGUUGAUUUUGGAAUCUCAAAAAAAAAAAAAGCCAUGAUAACCAAAUCUUAUAACCAAUGGAUAAAGUGGGGAAAAUGUGGAAUAACUUCAAGUACAGGUGUCAGAAUCUCUUCAAUCAUGAGGGAGGAAGCCGUAGUGAAAACGUGGACAUGAACUGCAACAGAUGUUCAUCUGUCAAAGAGAAAAACAUCAGUGUAGGAGACUCAACUCCUCAGCAACAAAGCAGUCCCUUAAGAGAAAAUGUUGCCUUACAACUGGGAUUAAGCCCUUCAAAGAAUUCUUCAAGAAGAAACCAAAACUGUGCCACUGAAAUUCCUCAAAUUGUUGAAAUAAGCAUUGAAAAGGAUAAUGAUUCAUGUGUCACCCCAGGAACAAGACUUGCAAGAAGAGAUUCCUACUCUCGUCAUGCCCCAUGGGGUGGGAAGAAAAAACAUUCCUGUUCUACAAAGACACAGAGUUCAUUGGAUAAUGAUAAAAAGUUUGGUAGAACUCGAAGUGGAUUUCAGAGGAGAGAGAGGCGAUAUGGCGUCAGCUCUGUGCAUGACAUGGACAGCGUUUCCAGCAGGACUGUAGGAAGUCGCUCUCUGAGACAGAGGUUGCAGGACACUGUGGGCUUGUGUUUUCCCAUGAGAACUUACAAUAAGCAGUCCAAGCCCCUGUUUUCAAAUAAAAGAAAAAUACACCUUUCUGAAUUAAUGCUAGAGAAAUGCCCUUUUCCUGCUGGUUCUGAUUUAGCCCAAAAAUGGCAUUUGAUUAAACAGCAUACAGCGCCUGUGAGUCCACAUUCAACAUUUUUUGAUACGUUUGAUCCAUCCUUGGUUUCUACAGAAGAUGAAGAAGAUAGGCUUAGAGAGAGAAGGCGGCUUAGUAUUGAGGAAGGGGUUGACCCCCCUCCCAAUGCACAAAUACAUACAUUUGAAGCCACUGCACAGGUUAAUCCAUUAUAUAAACUGGGACCAAAGUUAGCUCCUGGAAUGACUGAAAUAAGUGGGGACAAUUGUGCAAUUCCUCAAGCUAAUUGUGACUCAGAAGAGGACACAACCACCCUGUGUUUGCAGUCACGUAGGCAGAAGCAACGUCAGGUAUCUGGAGACAGCCAUGCCCAUGUUAGUAGACAGGGAGCUUGGAAAGUCCAUACACAGAUUGAUUAUAUACACUGCCUAGUGCCCGAUUUGCUUCAGAUUACAGGUAAUCCCUGUUACUGGGGAGUGAUGGACCGUUAUGAAGCAGAAGCCCUUCUUGAAGGAAAACCUGAAGGUACAUUUUUGCUCAGGGACUCUGCGCAGGAGGACUACCUCUUCUCUGUGAGCUUCCGUCGCUACAACAGAUCCCUGCAUGCCCGAAUUGAACAGUGGAACCACAACUUUAGUUUUGAUGCUCAUGACCCAUGUGUAUUUCACUCCUCCACUGUAACAGGACUUUUGGAACAUUAUAAGGACCCCAGUUCUUGCAUGUUUUUCGAACCAUUGCUUACUAUAUCACUAAAUAGGACUUUCCCUUUUAGCCUGCAAUAUAUCUGCCGUGCAGUGAUCUGCAGAUGCACUACAUAUGAUGGGAUUGAUGGGCUCCCUUUGCCAUCAAUGUUACAGGAUUUUUUAAAAGAGUAUCAUUAUAAACAAAAAGUUAGAGUCCGCUGGUUAGAACGAGAACCGGUUAAAGCAAAGUAAAUUUUCCUGUCCCCAAAGGGCAUUAACUAGGUCUGCUUUUAUGUGCAUCAGACAGUACACAUAUAGCAAGCACACAUAUCAGUGUUAGGUUUUUUUCAGUACAGUAUGUAAGCUUAGUGUUAGUAUCUGUCAGAUGUCAGAUGCCGGAUGCAAUCUGCUGUUACUCAGAUAAACGUGGUGCCUAUUGAGACAACAGAGAUAGAACUACAGGUAUUCGGUAAGGCUGCAAAAACAUUUUUGCCAAUUUAAUUGACAGGUUGGUUUUUCAUGGCUGUAGUUAUUAAGUGAGGCGACUCUGGGGCAUUUGCUAUGAAGAAUUCUAUUUCUUACUAAAGAACAAAUUAUUAAUAUUGGAUGAGUAUUUCAACAAUGUGACUGUUUGAAAUUAUUAUUUUUUCUAAGAAUUUUCUAUAACCUUCCAUACAUAGUGAUGUUUGUAGUUACUAUAAAAUCAAGCUUUGAAAGUCCAAAAAAUAAAGACUGCCUUCCUUUAAAAAAAAAAAAAAAUUGCAAUUUCCUGGCCAUGGGCAUAGUGCAGUUCAUGUAAGUGUUGAUAGAGUUUAUCCUCAGUCUCCUUUUCUCCUCUGCAAAAGGCACUGUUAAGUACACCAGAUUUUCUAAAUAAUGUUCUUAAAGUUUCAAACUUAAAAAUUGGUAGAAUUUUAUUUAAAGACCUUUGUUGUUUUUUUUUUGUUUUGUCUUUAAUGAGUGCAUUGACUUAAAAAACAUAUUUGGAAUAGCUGCUGCAGUGUAGUCCUGGGUGUGAUUUUUUAAGUUCUAAUCGUUGACUCAUUAAAGUUGGAUCUUUUCCUAUGCCCAUGAUGAGUUUGUGAACCAUGAAGAACAUGAAACUAGAAUAUGCCCAAACAAGUCAGAAUAAUAACUACAAGUGGUUGCUGAUGUUGAGAUCGUUGUUAAGCUGUAAUUAAUAAUUUGGAUGGCAGUAUUUUAUCUCUUUGUUGUAACUCUCAUAGCUGAAUUGCUUAAGUACAAUUUAUAGAAUUUCAGUGCAGUUAAUUUUUAAUGGAAAAUUUGAAACUUAAAUUGCAGAUUUAAAAGGUACUGUAUAACCGUUGUGUCUGUAAAUAACUUAGCACCUUUUUGUCACUUAGAAUAGUAUGCAAUACUACUUGAGUGAACUAUUUUGGAAGUAAUACCAAGUUCUAGUGUUUGCUUCUUAGUAAUGAACUGAAUUUACAGUUCUGUCCUAGACAUUUUGCACUAAAGUAGUCUAAUCCAUCCUUGUGUCUUUUUGUUAAUGUGCUCUGUACCACUGGUGAGUGCUCCUUAGUUUCCUUACCUGCUGCUACAGAAAGUUAUUUUACAUCCCAAUGGCUAUUGCCAAUGCCACAAAAAAAGAAAAGCUAUAUUUGUAUGCAACACUAACCCUUUGACUGCUAAUGUGUGUUUCUGCUUGCUGUGCCUUGUUAUGGCUGCUUUUUUGUGCUAAUAAAGUAUGUUUGGUGUUCUCCUUG